AGUUUGGCAUAGCACUGCGUCCAUAGACGUCUGUCUGGAGAGAUGGAGGGAGGGCUGGCCCGAAAGUUUUUUUUCAACCUUAGAAUUUAUUGUUUUGCCUAAAGGAUAAGUUGAAAUAGUGCAUAGCUGCAGAUAAAAUUUUUUUAUGUGUGGCCAGUAAUGUUUAUACUACAUAUUUUCAUACAGACGACAGACUGUAAGCGAUACUGGGUACGAGGACUGCGCUACAUAAAGUCUUACUGGUCCAAGAGGAAGAUCAGAGAAACCAUCAUUUCCGAGGAGAAGGAGAGGGAACUCCUCGAGAGAAUUCUGAAAGAAGACGAAGAUGACGGAGAGGUCCUUACUUCAAACUAUUGGGAGGAAUCGUGGUCUGCAGAAGGGGAAGAUCCUGGUACAAAGAGUUUUUCGUUGACUGUUUACCUUGGGAGGGGAUCCAAAGUCGUUACAAAGGUGUCGCCAUCGGAUACGACCUCUGACCUUCUCGAGAGUGUGAAAGAACAGCUCACAUCUUCGUCCACUCUGCUCUGGCUAGUUGACCAAUCAGGAACUGACACUAUACUGGAGCCCCAGGUUCAUCCAGCGGCUUUUCUGGACAAGACUCACAGAUUCUAUGCUCUGGAACCUUCUCAGAGAGUGUUGGUGGUAUUUUAUGGUGAGGAGGAGUUUGAAGCUCUUGCCGUGUCGUCCAACGUGACGGCCGAGGAAGUCGUCAACGACAACGACAUACAGAUACAACUGGACAAAACAGGAAUCAAUAACAGUGGUCUCUUUCUCAAGACGGAUUUCGACGAAAGACUCUUUAGCUCCUGUGAAUGUCCGUGCGACGUUCUCUUCACGUUGCAUAGCAACGGACAAGUCGUGAAGCUGGACGCGGGGCGACUGGUGGUCAAGAACAAGGCGCUGCACAGAGGGAAAAUGACAGUCAAACUGCCGAAGGUUCAUCGCGCAAUGUCACUCGUGUCUAGGACAAUGUCCAUCGAGAGACGAGAAAUGGAGGAAAUCUCUGAGGAAGAAGAUGCUCAAGCCAAAGCUCUCUAUAUUCUUCUUCACAAGAAACAAGUCCGCGAGCAGCCCAGAGCUCAGCAGGGGGGUAAUGGUCGCCCGGCAACCAUAUACGACGAGGACUGGACCGUCAUGACACCACCUGACGACCACCAGUCCAUGGAGCCAGAUCCUAUCCCUAGAGCUCGAUCAACAGCCAUCAGCAGUGGCAGAAACUCCUCAUCUCCCCAAAGCCUCCGGAAGAGAAUGCCCUCCGCAAACUCCACCUCUUCCCCCCUCCACCCCUCCCCCUUAUCCUCCCCAUCACGAGAGGGGCGUGGCCGAUGCAAGAGCCCCCGGUUGCUCCCGACAACACCAGCAUUGUCGUCGUCGUCACCCGACGAAGGUCAAAGUCCGUUGCUACAGCGACGGAAUGCCAGUAAGAAAAACAGAAGUGGUCCAACCAUUCAUAUUGAUAGUGAACCAGCUGUUGUCAGUGGCAACAUGAGCACUCUUGCCGUUGCCCCUGGCAACCAGCAUCCAGCACUAGCCAGGACAAGGAGCCCCACCAUCAGGAGGAGCACUGACGAACACGGUCCAGAAAAUGGAGGAAAUGUACUUGAUAAGUUCCUGUCUGAUACCGGUGGAGAUAGUCUCGUUAACAAAGUUACUCCAUUCCAGUCGUCAAAGCCGCCAGGGGCAGGUUACCGUGACAACGAGGAUCGUCUGGAGCGGCUGUUUGAUCGAAGCCACCAGCUGGAGAUGGAGGAGAUGACGGUCGCCACGGCAACAGGGGCGGGGAGGCAAACAGACGACUCACUGCAGUCCAAGAUGGCUGCUGUCAUCAGCACCGGUGGGGGAGGGAGGGAGGGAGAAGAGGGAGAAGGGGGAGGAGGAGACAAUUCUGAAGGGUUAAAACCAAUGGUUAUUGAUGUGUCCUUGCUAGCACCGCCGCACACGACCAACAAGACCACUACGGAACCACAGCAGACCACGGGUACCAAAAACAGACCACCCCAAGUGCCGAUGGAGGUUCGGUCACCAAACAUACUAAAAGUGGUUCUUUUGGCAUCUGAAUCAACUGCCAGUGACACCAGCGAACGAACAAUGGACCUCUUAUCCCUAUCGGGGGUUGUCGUGAGAAACGAUCGGGGGGUGUGGCACCUUGUUGAGGGGUCGAAUUUUCACGACCCCUACCGUUUGAUUGCUCGGACCACACGGAGACAUUUGUGUUGCCGGGUGGCAUUCGGGCAGUUUUCAACCACUCCACGGCCCCCAAACGGUGGCACGUGCUACCGCCCCCCACCCCCUCCCCCUCGAUCGACAGUCGUUCAGAAUCAGAUCGCACUGAGCACGCUCAGAACGUGGGGGUUGAUGACAUGGAUAUUGGCUCGCCUCCCCUGAACUCACCUCAGUUCUAUCGCAAGAGACUGGUGACCGAGGUCGGAGCUGCCGCCCACGAGAUUGUCAGCCACUUUGAGAAAACCAGAGACAUCGAGGAGAAGAAGAGAAUUGGGUCGGACAUGAUCAACAACAGUAUAGGGUACACGGUUCGUGGCCGUCUCUGUUCCGCGCUGGCCGGCGUCAUCCUGGAGGGCCUGAGACCGUACCGAAUCCAGCGACUCAUUCUCAACGACAUCUGGAAAGUCACGAUGGCCUUUUGCCAAGAAGUCCAACUAAGCGAGGCCUCGCUGUUCCUGCCCCAAGAAGUGGAGAAACUGGUCCAAGUCGUGCAGGCGAUCGGCUCGCUGCGAGCUCUGCGAGACAACAACACAAAGUUUCGGACAUUCGUUUGUCUGUGUCUGUCUCGCGGCCUACUGUGUAAAUGGCUUCAGAUGUUACCUCAUCUGAAUGACACACUAUCCAAGUACUACCAGUCGUGGGCCCUGCUGGUCCAGGCCACCGACAAUGGUUGGAACCAGAAACUCUACAGCUACAUGCUACAAGACCUGGAGCCACUCAACUACCUGCCCUUCGACUUGUCCAUUGACUUUGAAAGCAAACAGGAGCUGCUGGCAGUGUGUCCUGAAAUGAGGAACUACAGUAGAAUCCCCACCCCCACCGUCUCCCCCCACCCCUCCCCCCGUCCCUCCCCUCACUCCUCACCUCCUCACAACUCUCCCUCACCAUCCCCACUCGUCUCUCCCAAGUUUUCCUCUUCCACCACACCACCAAGAAGAUUGAGUGUCACUGUCGUAAAAAACGCGGCCACGGGUCAGCGAACAAACAACCUGAUAGCAGCGGUCUGGCAGGAAGAACAAGAAGAAGAACAAGAAGAAGAUACAGACUCUCAGACUGAGGCGAGAGAGGGCCGAGAGAGGAAGGAGUACAAGAGGGUUAUCGAAGAACCCGAUGUCUCUAUGAGCAGCGUCACGGCAGAGUUGGAAAGAGGGAGGAGGGAGGGAGAGGGCGAAAGAAGGGGUUUUGGAAGGGCAGCAUCGUGGCUGAGAAAGAUAGCAACAAGCCUCCAGGAGGCAGCAGAAGCAGCGUCUGAGCAACCAAAACCACACCCACCACCCACUAACGCUCCUUCUAAAAAGUACAUGCAGGCACUCUAUCCCAACAUAGCAGAAGACGGAGACGAACUCUCGUUCUCGGAAGGAGAUAUUAUGACCGUGACAGGGCAGGUCAAUUCCGAGUGGCUCAUCUGCUCUUUCGGACAAAGAACCGGCAUCGUCCCUGCAAAUUUUGUCCAAGAGGUCAAAAUUUGACAGGGCUGUCAAUCAAAAUUGACUGGACAAGUGAUUACUAACUCACAAACUAUUAUCCAGAAAUAUUAUUUUAUUACAUUUUUGGUGCGUUCGAAAUAUCAUUGUUCAUGUGUGCAAUAUUAUAUCACUGUGAGUGUGUUGAAUGGAAUGUUUUGUGUCAACUUAACUUUAACCCUUCCAUCACUAUUGUUGGUGGAUUACUAGCAUCUGAAAGUAUGAUAAUUAUGGAGAUAAUAACAGAAAUUCACAUAUUGUCUUUCUCUACAAUACCUGUUUCUUUGCUUGACGAGGGCAGUUGGUUGCCAAGGUCACGAGUAGUUAUAGGUGC